AUGAUGACGGUUGGAAUUGACAAUCCUGCGUUUGAAGAUUUCAAGGACUCUUCUUCUGACGAAGAGAACGAUUCCAGAGUAGAUGAGAAUUCGAAUGAGUUAAAUUCGGCGAGGAAAAAUGGGGAUUUCAAGCAGGCUUCUGCUGUUUCUGACGAUAUUAGACCAGAAAACGAUUCUUCGGAGGAUGAAGCACUAGAAGCCGACUUUGGAUCGUCGGGUUCAAGAGUUGUGCAACUCAAUCCGGCUGGCAAAGACAUCGUCAAGUGCCGAAUAACAAGGGAUAGAAGAGGCAUCGAAGCUUUCGGCUACCCGACUUAUUUUCUCUACCUCGACGCUUCAACCGAUUCAGAGCCGAAUAUGAAGGACAUGGUUCUUUGCGCCAGAAAACGCAAAACCGGAAACUCGUCGUAUAUCAUCGCCACCAGUUUGGAAAAUUUAAACGCGGAGAAAUUCGUGGGCAAACUCAAAAGCAACAAUCUCAUCGGAACACGAUUCACGUGCUACGAUCACGGACGAAAACCGGAAGCGACUGAUAUGUUGAGACGAGAAAAGGAUGAAAACUUGAGGUCUGAAUUGGUCUCGGUUUUGUACGAUCAGAAUGUUCUAGGAUUCAAAGGUCCUCGAAAAAUGACGAUUGUUCUUCCCAAAAUGGACGAGGAGACCAAAAAAGCUGUCACUAUCCGCCCAGCUCAAGCUUCUGAAUCGCUACUUGGUUACUUCGACGAAGCAGAUCUGCGAAAAAUCACGGUGCACCACAAUCGCCAGCCGAAUUGGAACGAGAAGACGCAAUCCUACGUGCUCAACUUCAAUGGGCGAGUCACUCAAGCCAGCGUCAAGAAUUUCCAAAUCACAGAAUCGGACAAUCCGCAAUCGACAAUUAUGCAAUUUGGUCGUAUCAGAAACGACAACUUCACAAUGGAUUACCGCUACCCCCUAUCCGCCGUUCAAGCUUUCGGCAUCGCCUUAUCCAGCUUCGACCCGAAGAUCGCCUGCGAAUAA